AGCUUCAGGGGAGAGACAAAGAACUAGCAGAAAUGAUUUCUGAUUUAAAAGCAUUAAUCAAAAAGCUUGAGCUUUAGGAACAAAACUUAAUCGAUGGCAAUACCAGGCAUUUUCCUAUUCUUUCAGAAAAGAUAUCUCAACGUCCAUUAGAACCAUAUGACAUCUCUAACUUGAAUUAUAACUUCAAAAAUCGUUUCAAGGGUUUCAACGAAAUUGCGACAGUCUCGCAAUUUGUUGUUUCACCCUUCAUGGAAAUUGAUAUGCAACAGUUUUCAACUUCUGUUACGCAGAAUUUUAGCGAAGACAUCGCUGCGACAGAAAUGGAAGUGAUUGCGUCGUUUAAAAAUGAUUUAGCUUUAAAAUCAUUAGCCUCAAAUACAAAACGUAUCUGGCCUUUAGUAAGUAAAUAUAAAUAUUCAGUUUUAUGUCGUUUUGCCUUGAAAGUAAAAACGUUAUUUAGUUUAACCUAUUUGUGUGAAUCUUCUUUUUCAAAUAUGAAGUUUAUUAAGAACAAAUACGUAAUUGACUUACAGAUACAUUUGGAUAAUUUUAUUCGAAUGGCGGUAUCAAAUUAUACUUCAAACAUUAAAAAAAUUGUCAGUGAGUCUGAGUGUCAGGCUUCUCAUUGAACACGCAUUUUUUUCUGGACAUGUUUUUGUUUAAAAUAGUGCGGUUAUUUUUUUAUUUUACCUUUUUAAAUCGUAUGUGACAUGCCAUUGUAGCUGACGAAAAAUUUUGUUUAUUUUUCAAACACCGUCGAUUGG